AACUUUUAGGUCCGAGGCCUCGGGUUCGAAACUCCAACAAACAAUGGCACCCGUGAGAACCACAGGCGGUGUUGUUGUUGCCGCUGCAAUCUCCAUCUUCUCCAUGGUCAUGCUCUCUCACUUGCUCAGCUCCAAAAAGAACAUCUUGCGCCUCUCAAAGAAGAAGAAGGAAAAGGCCAGAAAUGGGCUUGUUGAUGCCAUUGGCAACACCCCCUUGAUUCGCAUCAACAGCCUCUCUGAAGCCACUGGUUGCGAAAUUCUUGGGAAGUGCGAGUUUUUGAAUCCAGGAGGGAGUGUGAAAGAUAGAGUUGCCGUGAAAAUUAUUGAAGAGGCUUUGGAAUCUGGGGAGCUAGCUCAAGGUGGAGUUGUUACUGAGGGGAGCGCUGGCAGCACUGCCAUCAGCCUUGCUACAGUUGCUCCUGCCUAUGGAUGCAAAUGCCAUGUGGUUAUCCCUGAUGAUGCUGCUAUCGAGAAGUCUCAAAUACUUGAAGCCCUUGGAGCUACUGUUGAAAGGGUAAGACCCGUGUCAAUUACACACAGAGACCACUAUGUCAAUAUUGCACGGAGAAGAGCACUGGAAGCAAAUGAGGUGGCAUCAAAGCAUAGAAAAUCUGACCAAAUGGAUGGCAAACCCGUAAAGCAAAUCAAUGGUUACACAUCCGAUGAAGAGAAACAAAGUUCAGCUUUAUUGAAUAAUAGUAGAGGUGGCUUCUUUGCUGAUCAGUUUGAAAAUCUUGCAAACUUCCGAGCACACUAUGAGGGUACCGGGCCUGAGAUUUUGGAACAGACUGGCGGUAAUUUGGACGCAUUUGUAGCAGCUGCAGGCACAGGAGGGACUGUGGCUGGUGUUUCCAAGUUUCUCCAGGAAAAAGUUCCAAACAUCAAGUCCUUCCUGGUAGAUCCUCCUGGUUCUGGUUUGUUCAAUAAGGUAACAAGAGGGGUGAUGUACACUAGAGAGGAGGCUGAAGGUCGCAGAUUAAAGAAUCCGUUUGACACAAUAACAGAAGGAAUUGGAAUCAACAGGUUGACACAGAAUUUCUUAAUGGCAAAACUUGAUGGGGCUUUUAGAGGCACAGACAUGGAGGCUGUUGAAAUGUCUAGGUUUCUUUUGAAGAAUGACGGGCUCUUUCUUGGAAGUUCAUCGGCUAUGAAUUGUGUUGGAGCUGUCAGAGUGGCACAGUCCAUCGGCCCUGGUCACACUAUUGUAACUAUUCUUUGUGACAGUGGGAUGAGGCAUCUGAGCAAGUUUUACAAUGAUGAGUAUCUGUCUCAGAAUGGAUUGACACCCAAGGCAACAGGAUUAGAGUUUUUGGGCAUCAAAUGAGUUAGUGUAACCUAAAGUUUUGACUUUGAUGUUUCUCAUCACUUCGAUCCAAAGUUUGACCGGCCCAGCAGCCCUAUGCA